AUGGGGGACCAGCAAUUGUAUAAAACUAACCAUACUGCCAACAGCAAUGAGAACUUGUUCUACCCACAACACCAAAUGAACUCCCUUCCAUCCCUAAAUCACAGCUAUGGGACGUCUGUUAUGGACGCUCCCCAGGUUUCCCCUCUCUCUCCUCAGUUUCCCCAAGAUUCAAGAGACAGUAUAGCAUUACCUGUAGGUUCAAAGAGCCUUGGGGCAGUGGAUACAUCUAGACAAACCAGCUGGACACAUUCUGGCUCAGGAAACCAUGUCCCACUGAGGAACAACCUGAACAAUCAAAGCUCAAUGUGGAGCCCGCUUGGGCAGGGCGAGUCCCACGACGGAUACCAAUAUCCUUACUCUCAAUCCAGUGAAAAUCGAUCGCAAAAAAUUACCAGUGGGGUCCUGCAUAAACUGGACUCCUUUACACAAGUAUUUGCUAAUCAAAAUCUGAGAAUUCAAGUCAACAACAUGGCUCAGGUUCUGCACACGGAGCCUUCAGUGGCGGAUAACUCCAGCGACAGCGCACUCAGGCAGCUGCUGUCCCAGAAGCCAGCGGUUGAGCAACAGCCUGUAACUUCCAGCCUGCAAAGAUACCAACCCCUGCCACAGCAGGCACACCAGAAUUUUGCAAGCACACAGCAAAAGCAACAGAUGCAAGUCAUGCAGCACCAACAGCUGUACUACGACUACCAGCAGCAUUUAUCCCAAAUGCAGAUGCAUUCUGCCUUUCAGCCAGGACAGACGCAUGUCCAACAGCUGCCAUCCCAGCAGCUCUUGCCACAGCAGAUGCAGCACUUGCAGCAGAGUCAGUACUACCCUCAGGCACAGCAGGGACACCAGCGGCUCUCGAUGCAGGAGCUCCAGCAGCAGGCAACUCGGCAGCAGCAGCAGCGGCAGUGCCCCGUGCAAAUCACUCAAUAUUACCAAGCGCAGCCUGUUAUGCAGCAGUUACAGCAGCAGCAACAGAUGCAGUUGUCCAUUCCUCCCUAUCACAGGGAACCUGAUCCAAAGGCGAUGCAUGAACCACACCAGUACUCUCAGGAUCCGAGUCAUCCUGUGCCGCUUAUCCAGCUGGGAGCCGUGCCUCAGUAUUGCUACCAAGAUCCCCACGAACAGUACAGGCACUUGUACCCGCAGGGUUUACUGCAGCAGCAGCAAGAGCAGCAGAAGCAGUUCCCCAGUGAGAGCAGGGCGCCGUCGAUGAACUCCCACAUUGGCCUCACUCCGCCAGAGACCGCGGAGGAUCCCACACGCCCGGAGCUUAACUCUGGAGCUCAUCGACCUCCUCUGCCGCCCUCGGGAGUUCACGCGAACAACAAAAGCUCCCAGCAAGACUCUCCCAGCACCCCGUGGCCUCAGGCACAACUGUCAGAUGGCAGACUGCAGCCCCUGUCCCCAGAACAAAGUGGCCAGAACAGAGAAACACUUCCUGAAAGAGCUGAUGCGAAGAACAAGCUAAUGUGUUCAGUAUGCUUGAAGGAGUUCAAGAGUUUGCCUGCUCUAAAUGGUCACAUGAGGUCACACGGAGGAGUAAGAGCAUCUCCUAACUUCAAACAGGAUGAAGGAGAGAAACCACCACAGCAGCCGCUGCCUAAAGAGGUGGAUAGCCUCGCGCCCAUCGUCAUGCCAGUGUCUGUCCCUGUAAAGCUUCUGUCACCUGAGCCCAGCACGCAGCCCUCUGCCAGCACUGCCACAGUCAAAGACAAGCCUGCCAGCUCUGUGUCAGAUGAUGAGAUGCCCGUUCUCGUGAAGAUGACUUACUCUCCACCGUGCAGUCCCAAAGUGGCCAACCCCUGCUCAUCCUCUGAAAUCAGCAGAAAGAUUCCAAGCGCUGUAAAAUUGGAAGAAAACUUCAAGCCCUUGCAGGACAAGAAGAAGUAUCGGCACAGACCCGAACCUCUCUUCAUCCCUCCCCCUUCCUUCAACUUCAGCCUGUCCCACUCGGGCGCCACCCUGUACCAGAGCCAGCUGCGCUCCCCCCGCGUCCUGGGGGACCACCUGCUGGACCGCACGCAGGAGCCGCCCCCCUACACCCCGCCGCCCAUGCUGAGCCCCGUGCGGCAGGGCUCGGGGCUCUUCAGCAGCGUCCUCG